AAUGAAUUCAGUUCACUUUUCAGUAAAUGGAAAUACAAAUCAAAAUGCUGUUAAUUACACUUUAACAACAAUAGCUGAAAAACCGAAAACCAAAGUAAUAACAUCGUCUGGAAGCAAUCUGAAUUGGCUGUUACACAAAAUGUAUUUAAUUGGAGAUUUCACAUUUUGUAAGAAGCUCAUUGAACAGCAAAUGGAAAUGACAUUAAAUCAAGAAUUUCUACUUCAUAUGAAAGGUAAAAUUCUGCGAGAGGAAGGGCAUUUCCAAGAAGCAUUAAAAUGUUUUAAACGCACAAUUGAGUUCGAUUCAAAAAAUGCCAAUCAUUACAAAGAGAUUGGAAAGACUCUCUUUAAGCUCCAAAAAUACAAUCAAAGCUUAGAAAUCUUCUUGAAAGCCGAAUCAUAUUUAGAAGCCCCAGAUUAUGAAGUAUAUCAUUACAUAGCUGACUUACUCCGUUUAAAUGCAAAACAUUCAAAAGCAAACAUUCUCGAUGUAAAGGAGUACUUUCGACGUUCAAUAAUGUGUGGUAAACAGAUUCAUACAUACAAAACUCUCGCAAAUAUUUACCGAAAGGAAAAGGAUUAUACAAAGGCAAUUGAGCUACUUGAGGGAAGUUUAAGCGUUGCACCAGGCAAUGUUGAAAUCUUGACAGAUUUGGGAAUAAUGUACUUAAAAAUUAAUGAGGUAGAUCGUGCAUAUGAGAAACUCCAAGAGGCAUUAGCAUCAGAAGCAAAGCACACAAAUUGCAUUCUCGCUGUCGGUGCUAUUCAGCAGACACGAAAUGACAUUGAUUUAGCUCUCAAUACAUACAAAAACAUGCCCAACAUCCAGAAUGAGGGAUUCGAGAUAUGGAGCAACAUUGGCUUAUGCUUCUAUAGGAAGAAUAAAUUGAUUGCGGCUGUGUCAUGCUUAAAAAAAGCUCUGUGGUUGUGCCCUUUGAAUUACAAUAUUUUGUAUAAUCUAGGCGUGGUUUUGAUGACAGCACAGCAGUUUGCAUCAGCAUUUCAAUGCUUUGUUAGUGCGGUCACUUUACGUCCUGAAAGCGCUGAAAGCUUUAUGAUGCUGGCAAUAUGUCUGUACUAUUUAAAUGACGCAGAAAAUGCCCAAGUGGCAUUUCGUAAAUCAAUUUUAUCGAGUGAUGCCAUUAAAAACCCAUUAAUUUACUUAAAUUAUUCAAUAUUUUGCCUCGAGUGCUUAAAAAAUGUCGAAGAGUCGCAACAAUAUUUAAACAAUUUCUACAAUUUGUGCGAGACAAUGAAAGUUCCCAACGAAUACAUGCAAAUUGCUGAAAAUGUUCUUGUAAAAUUGCCAUCGUCGAUGCUUUUGCCAGAAAUAAGGCACACUCAACAGAUAAAGGAAACGAAAAUUUUAAACAUGAAUGAUGAGGAUGACAAAAGCACAACCGCAUUCAAUGACAAUGAUGAUGAUGAUAAUGAAAGUGGGAGCAUUGAGAGUAAGAGUGUGGAAAAUGCGGCUGCUGACGACGAUCUAGUUUGAAACAAUUAAAAGUUUUGAUGCUGUAAAUACAAGUUCUUGUUAAUUGAGAAAACUUGUUGAAUAAAUAUGUCAAGGAACAUGAA